AUGGCUUCCGGCGGGUCGUCGUCGUCGUCCCGCGCGUGGACGCAGCGGCAGAACAAGCAGUUCGAGUGCGCGCUGGCGGUGUACGACCGGGACACCCCUGAUCGGUGGCACAACAUCGCCCGCUACAUGGGCGGCACCAAGUCCGCCGACGAGGUCCGCCGCCACUUCGAGCAGCUCGUCCACGACGUCACCCAGCUGAUCGAGGCCAGCCGCGUCCCCUUCCCCCGCUACGGCUACGGCAGCGCGCCGCCCGUCGCCGGCGGCGGCCUCGACGACAGGCCGCCACCAGUGAUAAGCUUUAUUAUUGGAAAGGUAUCUAGAUACACAUAUAUAUAG